AUGCAGAAUAUGGUACCGGUUAAGAUGCACCAAAUCGUAAAACCACUAUGUUGGUUAAUAGGAACGUGGAAAUCGGUGACUGCCAAAAGCGAUUAUCCCAGUAAAAAUAUUCACGGUCGUCCCUUCAAUGAAAUAAUAUCGUUCAAAUCCUUGGGACAACCACAAUUGAAAUUUGAUGCAUUAAGCUGGCAUCCCAGAACUUUGUUACCGAUACACAUACAAAAUGGUUAUUUAUAUAUUGAUGAACAUGGAAAAAAUGUCGUUCUAGUUGCAACUCACAGUGUUGGAUAUGCUAUAGUUGAAGUUGGAACCGUUAACGAAUGCAGUCUGAAACUCGAAAGUCAUAUUAUCGGACAUGCUGAUUUGUCUCCCUGUAGGGUAACUCAAUUCAGAAGAUCUUUUUAUUUAAACGAAAGCGGCCAGUUGGUUUAUAAAAUGAUGCUACACACCGAAAACGAGCAAAACUUAUUCAAUCAUCUACGAGUCAUUUACGAGAGAGAUCCUCUAUGUCAACGUUCACCUAAUUUUUAA